GUCUCGAAGCUGCGGCCCCGGCGGGCGUCAGUGCGCGGCGCGGGAGGCCGCGGCAUGGGGCGGGUGCAGCUCUUCGAGAUCCGCCUGAGCCACGGCCGCGUAGUCUACAGCCCCGGGGAGCCGCUGGCCGGCACUGUGCGCGUGCGUCUGGGGGCGCCGCUGCCCUUCCGAGCCAUCCGAGUGACCUGCCUGGGUUCCUGUGGGGUCUCCAACAAGGCUAAUGAUGCAGCAUGGGUGGUGGAGGAAAGCUACUUCAACAGCUCCCUGUCACUGGCUGACAAGGGGAGCCUGCCCGCUGGAGAGCACAGCUUCCCCUUCCAGUUUCUGCUUCCUGCCACAGCACCCACGUCCUUUGAGGGUCCUUUUGGCAGGAUUGUGCACCAGGUGAGGGCCACCAUCGACACUGCACGUUUCUCCAAGGAUCACAAGUGCAGCCUUGUGUUUUAUAUCUUGAGCCCUCUGAACCUGAACAGCAUCCCAGACAUUGAGCAACCCAAUGUGGCCUCUGCUACCAAGAAGUUCUCCUAUAAGUUGGUGAAGACAGGCAGUGUGGUCCUCACGGCCAGCACUGAUCUCCGAGGCUAUGUGGUGGGGCAGGUGCUACGGCUGCAGGCUGACAUAGAGAACCAGUCGGGCAAGGACACCAGCCCUGUGGUGGCCAGUCUGCUGCAGAAAGUGUCUUAUAAGGCCAAGCGCUGGAUCUACGACGUGCGGACCAUUGCAGAGGUCGAGGGUGCUGGUGUCAAGGCCUGGAGGCAUGCACAGUGGCAAGAGCAGAUCUUGGUGCCAGCCCUGCCACAGUCAGCCCUGCCGGGCUGCAGCCUUAUCCACAUUGACUACUAUCUGCAGGUCUCCAUGAAGGUGCCUGAAGCCACCGUGACCCUCCCCAUCUUUGUUGGCAAUAUUGCUGUGAACCAUGCUCCACUUAGCCCUGGGCCAGGUCUGGAGCCACCUGCUGGAACCUCACCCUCAGUGGUGCCCUCUGCACCACCCCAGGAGGAAGCCGAAGCUGUGGCUGGUAGCCCCCACUUCUCGGACCUGGUCUCCCUCUCCACCAAGAGCCACUCGCAGCAGCAGCCACCACCUGCUGCCUUGCAUUCUGUGCCUGUCGCCCCUGAGCCCGGUGCCCAGGAUGGCAGCCCUGCUACCCGCUCUCUGCACCCUCCCUUGUGCGUCUCUACAGGUGCCACUGUCCCCUACUUUGCAGAGGGUUUUGGGGGCCCAGUGCCCACCACCAGCGCCUUGAUUCUUCCCCCGGAGUACAGUUCGUGGGGCUACCCCUAUGACCUAGCUCUCUCCCCACAGAGGCCCCACCUUCUUAUGAGCAGAGUUGCAGUGGUGCAGACCUUGGCCUGACUCCCAGGAGCUGACCCUUGAGAGCUGACCUCAUGCUGCUUCCCCCGGUGGGCCUGGCCUCUGCCCUGGGAUGGGGCGCCCGGGGCCUCGUGCCUUAGCUCUCUGCCUGGCCUGGCUGCUCAGGACUCAUGCCUGUCCCCGGCCACCUCUUGGUGGGACCAUCCUUUCUCAGCUUCCCUGUUGUUAGCCCUCUUCUCCCUGAGGUUGGGAUGGGGGUGACUAGAGGCUGGAGAAACUCUGUAAAUAAAGUGUUAUAUUUGUA